AUGGCGGAAGGGGACAAGCUUAAGCUGAAGUCCUCCCAGGGUGAGAUCUUUGAAGUGGAUCCGGAGGUGGCGACGAUGUCCACCCUGAUUAAGAACAUGGUGGAGGACAGUGGGACGGAUGAAGAGAUUCCACUGCCGAACGUGAAAACAGCCAUACUGAGCAAGGUCAUCGACUACUGCAAGUACCACAAGGACAACCCGCCCGAGGAGAUCCAGAAGCCGCUGAAGAGCACCAACCUGGUGGAGUGCGGCGUGUCGGAGUGGGACAGCGAGUACGUAAACAUCGAGCAGGAGGUCCUCUUUGAGUUGAUCCUCGCGGCCAAUUACCUGGACAUCAAGAGCCUGCUGGACCUGACCUGCGCGAAGGUUGCCUCCAUGAUCAAGGGCAAGAACACCGAAGAGAUUCGCAAGCAGUUCAACAUUGUUAACGACUUUACGCCUGAAGAGGAAGCGCAGGUCCGCGAGGAGAAUCGAUGGUGUGAGGAUGCCUAG